GACUCACAGCAGCCAACAGCUGCGUAACCUGUUAAGAAACUUUGGAUAUAGCCUAUGUGAUGAAGUGCGACGAGGUUGUUGUUUAGUAGGCCUAUCUUGGAUCCACGACUUCACCAGAACACUCUGGGAAAAGAGGAGGACGGGGUGAGACACCAGUUGCUGCUCCUUGACGACUCUCAGCCGUGGCAUGGAGAGGGCGCACAACUUAGAGAGUCGGUUUAACAUCUUCUAGAGUGUAUUUGGUGCCAAAGUACUCUCUGAGUGUUGAAUUAACACUAGUUUUUACUGUGUGGCAUGGAGAGGGCGCACAAUGGAAGCGUGGGUGGCGAACGUGAACUUCACCUCGUCGGCACAAGCGCGCCCUCGUCUGCGGCGGAGAGCGAAGGCAGCGCGCGGCUCUACAUCAUCAUCCUCCUGUCGUUCUACGGAGUGUUCCUCGCGGCCAUCGCGGUCGGAUAUCUGCGCUCCAAGCAGCGGGAGAAGAGGCGGACGAACGUGUUCACGCGCCUGCUGCACGAGGAGGAGCAGCAGAAGUGGGGCGCCAACCUGAAGAAGGACAGCUGCGCGAGCCUCACCUUCCCGCCAACGACGUUCUUCUCCCACCUGGGAGGAGGCCCGGACUCUGCGCGCGUGAACGUGGUGCCCAUCGUCGCCCCCCACGAGAGCAGGGUUCUGGCGCCGGUGCCGGUGCCGGUGCCACCAUCGCCACUGGCGUGCGCGCUCUGCUCUGUGGAACAGAGUAGCGAGACGUCGCUCUGCUCCUCGGCGGAUGGCUGCGCACGACUGGCUAUCGAGGAGGAGGGGGACAGCGGCACCGGAGAGGGAGAGGGACCCGAGGACCCGGUGAAGGGCGGCGGGCACGAGGACAGCAGCGACGGCUCGGCCGAGAACCUGAAAGAGUCCUCACUCUCCUCCUCGUGACACUCGUGACAAGUUUGGAAACGGCUGGAGCACACUUGACGUUGUAUGUGUGAGUGGGUAUUCUACCAACGACCUCGUAUUCGAGACACCAAAGCGUCGACAACAUGGCCUAUGGAGUGUAUUCUCUUACUGACUUCUGUGUGUGUUUACACCAGUGGCGUGCGCUGACAUUUUGGGCAGGUGCUAAAGGGGGAGUUGAGGGCACGAGGAACUUCUGGCUGCCUUACUAAGAUACAGAGAUUAUAUAGCCUAUUAGGGACAUUGUUGUCACAUGCUAUUGAUGGUGAAGCAUUUGUAGAUUAUGAUGUCAACAGGGGACACGGUAAAUUGUGGUAAAAAUGUAAUUGUUUAAAAAAUAACUUUCAAAAGGGUAUUUUUGGUCCAGUAGAGGCUUUAGCACCACCUCGGCCCUGUCUGUGUACACCUACCAGUAUGGUCUACACAUCUGCAGACUCAGCCUGCUGCUGUCCUUCCCUCAAGCUCAUGCAGCACAGCAUAGGUGUCGGAAAGGGGCAUGCAGUGGUGCUUUUGCAUCCCCACUUUUGGGUUCCCUAAAUUAGGCUUUCUCAACUUUUACUGCAGACAAAUGAGGAGUGCAGCAGCAGUGAAAGAAAAAAAAUGCACCACUGCUUUAAAACUCUUUCUGGUGCCCUUGCAGCACAGGGCGCGUGUUCCAUCACUGUGUCUCAGCCCGAGCUACUUUUGCCACCUUUCAGCACACAUAGUACUUAGAGACUCACAGUACAAGUGCGAGACUAAACUGGAUGAUCAGAUAAGACAGACUCUGACGCAUCUGCCAUAAAUUUCCCCAAAAGCACAUAUAAACAUUUUCACAGAUGUGUUCCACUGUGUGGGGACGCUUAGAUAAGCCGGUUGUACUCCCUCUCCCGUGCAGACAGAGGUUAUUGUGACAGGAAUCUGCCGUUGCCCUGACAACCACACGUCUUCUUCCUGCGGAGAGUCAAACAGUGGCGCCAAACUCAUGAUCCCGGGGCACGGACGCACUCACACACACACACAAACGCACAGAUGCACUCACACACACACACACAAAAACGCACGUCAGAUACACAUCUGCAGAGAAAUGGCUUAUGGCACUGAUACACUGUUCCAUUUACUGUGUGGUUGUGGGUGUGGAGUGUGUGCUUGUUCUACCACUAUUGUGAAGACCACGAUCUGACAUUUCACCUUUGCUGUGAGGACAUAAGUGAUUUAUGAGGACAUUUUGGUCGGUCCUCAUAAUAUGUUGUUUUGUUCUUGAUGAAAAAAAUGAAAGUGCAAAAACGUAUAAAACAUCUGUUUACUGACAGGUUAGAGUUAGGGAUUGUUUUUGUCAGAGCACAGCUUAAAGGGACACUGUGCAGGAAAUGGUCAAAAAAGGUACUGCAACUAUGUUGCUCAUUGAAACUGGGCUGCCUAUUGCCAAAUUUGAUCUUUACAUGAAAGUUUACUAAGUAAUAAACAAAUAUUUUCUAGUAUGGUCCAAGUACAGUCAUUUUUGCAGCUAAAAAUGGCUAUUUCUGGAAAUUCAAAAUGGCGGACCAUGGAGAAGAUCCCCCUUUUCAUGUAUGAAAAGUGUUUUUUUUUUCAGUCAAAAUGAAUACUUAGAAUUUGAUGAUGGUGGUAAGUAUUCAUGAAAAAGUAACAUUAGUGAAUGGGAAGCAUGAAUUCAGGAACUAAAAAUCUCACACAGUGUCCCUUUAAGCAUUCACAAUUUUGAAUGCUGGCAAAAUGCAUGGGAGUCAAUGGAAGGUCCUUACAAAGAUAGUAAUAAAAGUUUGUGUGUGUGUGUGUGUGUUUUGUUGUGUUUAAUUUCCAUGAAAUGUUGUACAUAAUUCAGCCAGAUCACCACAGGAAUCUUCCUGUGUGUGUGUGUGUGUGUGUGUGUGUGUGUGUGUGUGUGUGUGUGUGUGUGUGUGUGUGUGUGUGUGUGUGUGUGUGUGUGUGUGUGUGUGUGUGUGUGUGUGUGUGUGUGUUCUUGUGUGCAGCUCACAUGUUGAAUAAUUGACGUGAUGGCUGGGGCCGAUUAAAGACAUUCAUUUUACA